AUGGAUACAACAAAUUCUUUUAUUUACGAAACAAAAAUUCGUGAUCAAGAGACGUUUUACAAAAUUUUUGAUAAAUUGCAAAAAGAAAAUGCUGCAUUCUCAAAUGGAUCAAUAGAAGUUUUCAUUGGUGUAACCUAUCGUCGCGGUGAUGGCUUUCGUUGGACGGAUGGUACUGCACCAAAUGAUUUAAGUUUCCUGAAAUUCAAUCCAAUCGAUAAUUUGGAUGAUGAUGACAAUAUAAUAGAAAAUUAUUGCCUUCGUUUUUCAAUUAUUGUUGGUAAGUGA